UUUCUAAGUGGGAGAACUUGCAAAAUAGCAGGGUGUUCAAAUACUUAUUUUCCUCACUGUAUGUAUGUGAUGCUUGACUAAAUUUCAUCAGGUGGAAAUUGCUGUUUGUAAGUGCCAUUUCUGUAAAGUAACUUCCUAAAAGCUUAACCAGAGGUUGUGUAAAUGUAUUGAUUAUAACAUAAUGGACUAAAUGGGUCAAUAAUUAUUUUUAUUUAAUCAUCACAACUGAUUCGUAGUGUUCAGCAUCAAGCUGCGUAGCUGCUCGUCUGGUGCUCUCCUCCAGGUGGCGUCGCAGCGUCUCUUAUAAGGUUGUCCACUAGGUGGCGUCGCUGUGUAUAUUUCAUCACACGUGUCAGUUGUUUAACGCCCGCAGUUCGCCAGACUUCUACAAACAAGACAAUCACGGCGUUCCGACCGCACUGUAGACAACUGCGAGUUCUCAGACUGUGAGAGGUAUUCAGGUGAGAUAACCUGAGCGCUCACGGGUGCCAUGAAUUGGGCUUUUCUUCAGGGUCUCCUGAGUGGGGUCAACAAAUACUCCACCGCAUUCGGCCGUGUCUGGCUGUCCAUAGUCUUCGUUUUCAGGGUCAUGGUCUUCGUCGUAGCUGCGGAGAAGGUAUGGGGCGACGAGCAGAAAGACUUUGCGUGUAACACUGCUCAGCCUGGCUGCCAUAACGUUUGCUACGACCACUUCUUCCCGGUGUCCCACAUACGUCUGUGGGCACUGCAACUCAUCUUCGUCACCUGUCCGUCGUUUCUCGUGGUGCUGCAUGUGGCCUACCGCGAGGAACGCGAGCGGAAGAACCGCGUUAAAUACGGCGAGGGCUGUCAGCGGUUGUAUGCCAACACCGGAAAGAAGCGUGGCGGUCUUUGGUGGACAUACGUCCUCUCGCUGGUUUUUAAAAUGGGAGUGGAUGUGACCUUUGUGUAUCUCCUGUAUUACAUCUAUGAGGGCUAUGACUUCCCCACCCUGGUGAAGUGUUCUGAGCAUCCCUGCCCUAAUGUAGUUGAUUGCUUCAUCUCUCGGCCCACAGAGAAGCGGAUCUUCACCAUCUUCAUGGUGGUGACAAGUGUGGUGUGCAUCCUGCUCUCCCUCUGCGAAAUCCUCUACCUGGUGGGCAAACGCUGCUUUGAAUGUAUCCAAAGGAUAAAGAGCUCACGGCAGAUAAACAAGACAAAGUGCAUCGCUAACAUGAGGUGCUCCAAUACUCAUUUAGAUUCAAACAGCAAGAAACUGGCGAGCAAAUGCCAGCCAGCGCCAGCAUACAGUGUGGUCAUCUCAUCCUAAAAAAACAAGAGCUUGGAAAAUACUCAGAGAGAUGGAAAAUGUUCCUCAUGUUCACCACGAUGUGAACUCAAACAUGGCCAACUCGGUGGACGGUUGGCCAGUGGAGGAAGCAGCUUGUAUUCUUACCCUAUAUCCACUGGAUCUUUUUGCUGGAAAGUUGAGGCCUGAUGAACAACAUUGUAGAUUUGAAAAGUUUAUAGGGGUCAAAAUGUCAACAUUCAGGACGAUGCAGUCUCUUCAGGGUUUUGGGUGUGGUGUGGCUUUUGUUAGGCCAAAAUCUAGAAUACCAACACCAACGGGCACUUUAAACGAAGCAAAUACAAAACAGAUGCUAUAAGCCCUGAUAAUUACAAUAAUUACUGUUAAUUACAGAGUACACAUUUGUCCUUUUUUAACAGACACAAGCAAAACGUGACUACAAAUGAUGUUAAAUCACUCUUUGCUUCACAUAUUUUCAUACUUCAUUUUUUUCAGAAGAAACCAAAGAUAGUAUAAUUAAUUGAUGGAAGAAUCUAUUAUCUAUAAAAGCCUGUUUUUAACUCGGGGUAAAAUUGUGACUUCAUAACUUACAAUGGGACUUUAAAAAAAUAGUUCACCCAAAAAUGAAAAUUCUGUCAUCAUUUACUCAUCCUCAUGUCGUUCCAAACCUGUUAAACCUUCUUUUCAUAUUUUGAAUAAUGUUUCAACAGUUUUUGUCCACACAGUGAAAGUCAAUGGGUUGCAAAACAACACUGAACUCUGAUGACUUUCAUGGUAUGCAUUGACUUCCACAGGUUUGCACUGAUGUUAGAGUGAGUAAACGAUGACUGAAUUUUAAUUUUCGGGUAAAUUGUCCCUUUAAAUUUCACAAUUGUGACUCACAGUGUGACUUUAUAUGGUGCAGCGUGACUUAUAUCUUGUAACUGCAACAUUGCAAUGUGACUAUAUUUCAUAUGGCUUUAUUGCUUGUUGAACUGCUAAAUUUAUCUGACAAUUAAUUUCUAUUUUUACUCUGAGGUGGAAACAGGCUUUCAUAGUUGGAAAUAAGUUUUGCUUUUAAAAUGAUUUCUUUCUUUUGGAUGUGGGAACAGCAUGCAUAGACACAUCACAUACGGAGUCUACAUUUCUUCUCCAUAUAUUUACAGCCAUCAAAUAAAGUACAUGCUGUUAAACUGUUAAAAUUUUUACAAACAGACUCCCCAAAUCCACCUAGAUAGUGAAUCCUAAUUUAUACUUUAAUAAUUUGAAUGUAAAUGUAAAUUUGUUUGUUUACAAAUGUGUACAAAAGUUUUUUACUGUAUUUUAUUUUUUAUUAUUACUAUGGAUUGUGUAUUAGCUGGUGUGUGUGUGUGUAUGCCAAUGUGUGGUGCUCCAAUCUAAUGUCUUCCAAGAAUUUGCAGUAUUUAAAACAUCAAGAAUCUAUUGAUAAAUGCUCAACACUGCCCAGAUGAUCAAAUUCAAAUAAGGCCAUUUUGCCUGUGUGUGUAUGAGAGUUUUUCAUUCACUGAUAAACAUAUCCAGAAAAGUAAACAUCCUCCGAGGUUAGAAAUCCUCUGUUUGUGCCCUCUCAGCAUUCUUUCCUAAUUACUGUGUUUAGAGUUGUUUACAUUUUGAGAUACAAUAAAAUUUGCUUUUUAUUUUCUUACAAUCUGCUGCUCGUUUAAAUCAGUGAUGUCUGUUAAAAUCAGGAUGCAGAUGAAAACUUUGAUGUGACUGCUCACAUAUUUUAUUUGACUUUUAAAACCAGUUGAUCUGCAUGUGACUGUAGAGCAAGAAAAUGACAAGAAUGAAAAUAGCAGAGAUAAACAUGAUGUGCUUUGUCGGCAUGACAUUUCAUUUGGAUUCACACCGAGUUUGAAAGUUGCAAGAUGGAAUGAGAAAGCAAAUGUUCUUAUUUAAUUUUU